AUGAAAAAGAAACGCACCACCGUGAAAGAGAAACGCACUGCCGUGAAAGAGAAACACACCGUCGUGAAAGAGAAACACAACGCCGUGAAAGAGAAACACACCGCCGUGAAAGAGAAAGAGGAACCUGGCCCUAAAGGGCUUCCCAAUUGGUCCAUAACGGAGCCACCUGGAGAUUGUCAAGAGAUAUUGGAUGCUGGUCAUAACACUAGCGGUGUGUAUACCAUCCAGCACGCCUGCCAGAAUAUGCAGGUCUACUGCCGCAUGGAGCCGGAGUCGGGGAAAGGAUACAUAGUUUUUCAGAGACGCCUGGACGGCUCGGUGAGCUUCAAUCGAACCUGGCAGGAGUACGCCGAAGGGUUCGGGGAUAUGACCAGAGAGUUCUGGCUAGGCAACCAGAAGCUGUAUAGUCUGACUCAUAACUGGGGAUGGGAGCUGGUCAUUACUCUGAGGGCGUUCGAUGGGGAUGAAGCCCGUGUUCGUUAUGGGAAAUUUAAGAUACACCCAUCAUCUGAGCGCAAGUACGAGCUAUAUGUCAGCGACUUUAAUGCGGAGAGUCGAGAUGCAGGUGAUUCACUCCGCCUUCAUAAUUAUAGGUACUUCUCAACUCCAGAUAAAGACAAUGACCGCGACGGGGAAAACUGCGCUGAGAAAUUCCAGGGAGGCUGGUGGUACAGCUACUGCGGUAGCACCAUCGGCGAUUACUUCAAGAGCAACCUGAACGGCUUUUACUACAACAACGCAACAGUCGAUGAUUACAUGGGGAUACAGUGGGUCACCUGGAAGGGUAAACAGGUCUCUCUAAAAGGGUGUGAAAUGAUGACACGACCCGAAUGGUAA